AUUGCUCAAGCUUCGUAUGUCUGAAUAGGCUCAGUGUUUCUGCGAAAUCAGAGGGCAGUUCCAUUCGCCGAGCGCCGCGGUCCUGACACCGCGGCGAUCGAAUUUGUGGGCAGAUGCAGUGGAAGGCCUUGAAGAAUCUACAAGGUCACAGAUGGCUGCGCUCCACUUCUGGAUGGGUCAUCCGGCACACGAACUCGAAGACCGUCUCUGCUUGGCUCACCAUCGAUUUGUUGAUCUCCUUGGGCCUUGGAGUGUAUUUUUUCUUCUUCAGAUAUGUGUCUUCCUUGGGAUUGAAUGCUUUGUCUGUGAUGAGCAGCUUUAAAUUCUACAUUUUCGUCGCUGGAUUUCGGGCUGCCUGCUCCAUUUGGGGCAUCCUGUCCGUGCUCUUUCGCAACGUGAGACAGGUGAAGCUGUUUUACAGCAUCUUCAUUCUCAAUCUCUUUGUCGCUGUGUGGUUAAUGAUCCCGAUCCUGAGUCUUCACUGCCGAUGUGACAACUACUACCAGUGCCAGGCUCUACAAUCCUUUGCCCUGGACGGAAAAGCGCUGAACAAGUGGCCAGAGCCCGCGCAUUUCGAGGAUCGCAAGGUCCCCUAUGAAGAGGAACCCUCCACAGCCAAUGAGCUGAUCGACCACCCGGAGAUAGAGAGCACUGCAAAGACAACCACUGCAUCAACUACCAGCACUAGUGAAAGCACGACUGCCUCUGAGAAAAAGGAGCCGGAAACUGUGAAGCAAGAGGAUCCCGGACUGCGAAACCAGAAUCUGGUUGCUGGAGUAGCAGCGACGGAGGCUCCGAAGCCUGCGGAGCUCGCAGAGGUCAAAGCGACUGCGCCGGCGCCGGCGCCGGAAGGGACCAACGUGCAAGCAGCCAAGGACCUUGCAGAACAAACGCAGCAAGCGCAGCAAGUGCAACAAGGGCAGCAAGCUUUGCUGCAGAGGGGAGAGAUGCAGGCGUCUGAGGAGUUGAAAAAGAAGGUGCCCCAUGAUCAUUCUGAUCCAAGUUUAGAAGACUUGAUCUCCAUGGGACAUUCUCGGGUGGUCUCCAAGCGACGGCAGCGGCAUCGAAACGUGGAGGCCAGCUUGCUACAGAUCGAGAGUUCAUCAGGUGCUGAUCCCGAAGCACCCAAGGCAGAGAAGACCGAGAAGACCGAGAAGACCGGGAAAACCGAGAAGACCGAUGAAGAGCAGAAAGAAGAGAGUAAAGACGCUAUGGAGAUUCGUGCGGAGAAAGAACUGAAGGUGCUGACCUACUUCAAUCCGGUGGGCAAUAACGUGAAGUUGGUCUCGGAGCACGGGAAGGAGGGUCAAAUGUGCGAGACCAAAGUCAAGGACGUGGAGAUGUGGAAGGCAGACCUGAAUCGAAUGGACAGCAUGAUGGAUGGCCCCUUGGUGGUAGGGGCGAAUGUGACCCUGAGGACCAUUUUGCACAACUUGCUGCGAUAUAUCGAAGAUUCGUACAACUUCUCGGUUGAACAUAUGUGUUCCAGGGUGGAUUCAGCCGGUAUUUCCGGGAAAGGUUCAGAAUUUCACAUCGUGGCGCCACGGCCACACAAAUUCGCGUCAGGAAAGGAAGCAGAGGUCAAAACCCCAACCUUUAUCGCCAGUUUUUUCGAGAAACUCCAGGAACAGGAUCACAGUUUCAUCGCCAGCAUCGAAACCUGUAUGGCAGAAGAAGCAUGUGCCGGCAUCAUUUGGCAGAUCGAACAGGAUGAGGAGGGCAAGCACUACAAGUCCUGGGCCUGCACGAUCAUCGGGCCGGUGUCCAUGCCCAACAAGGAGAUGGAGGAAUUGUACGAUGGUAGCAGGCGCUCGCUCUACUUCCUGAAGAACAACGCCGUGGUGAAAGAAUUGGUCAGUGGUCCUCAGCGAAAGGCCAAGUUGAUUUCGAAGAUCUUCGACGCGAAAACGGAUGACGAGUUAGUGGAGUACACCCACAGACUCUACACCAACAUGUGCAGAUGUGAUGAGAAAAGCUGUCGAUCCUACACGCAGAGCCAGGGUAGUGAAAUGGGUUGGUGCUACAUUGACAACAAGACGCGGCACUUGUGCACCGCUGCCGAGAAGCAGGUCUUUCUGGACAGUGAUGACAAGCCAUGGUCCAGAAGCAUCUGUCACCAGGCAGAAAGCUACGACUUAAGUUGCAAGUGCUCUGGCUUUGGCAUGCUUCCCGGCGAAGGAAAAACGCUGGACCAGGACCUGCUAGCGGAGAAUCCCUACAACUAUGGGUCUUACUGUCAGAGAUGGAACGGAGAGGAGAACAAGUUCAAAUGGUGUUACGUGGGUUGGGACAGCCCUUGCGUGGACCGAAGGCGUGCGAAUCCGCACCACAAGUACAAGGAUGCAUCCACAUUUGUGCCGGCGCAGUUUUGGUCGGAGAUAGCCUGCGACGCUGAUGAGCCCAACAAACGACUCCUGGGCGCCGCCGACCUCUGCGAGAACCUGUCGCCUGACCAAACUGAGCUGAAGAACUGGGGAUUUUUCAUCCCCAAGUGGGAUUUAGUGGGAUUAGUCUACUACUCUAUUCUGACAUAG